AUGGAACGACUUGGCAAUCAUAAAGUUCUCCCAAUCCGAAAUAGAGAAAAUCUUGAAAAACUUUUUUCUGCUAAGAGGGCUUUUUGGAAAGAAUUUAGAAGAGAUGAAAUAUCUGCAAUAAAUUUUUGGUUGGUUGAUAAGAAAGAAGUCAUCGUUGUUACCUUAAAUCUACCGGAGGG